AGGAAUAAAAUUGUGCGGGUGAAGAGAAACAAAAACCUGGAAACAUAUAUGGAGUUCAAGACUCCAGGUGCAUCAGCUAAUCCAUAUCUGGUCAUGUCUGCAGUGCUGGCGGCAGGCAUGGACGGACUGCGACAGAAGCAACUGGUACCAGAAGAAGGUUUCUAUGAAGACCUUCCGAAGGAUUUAACCGAAGCAAUUUCCGCUCUGGAAAAAGAUGACGUCAUCAAAAGUGGACUGGGCCAUGACUUUGUGGACUUGUAUGUGGCCCUGAAAACACAGAAAGAAAUACCUAUCAUUGGCCAUGAUGAGCAAUGGAAAACUUACUCUCAGUUGAUUUAAAACUGAAUAAUAUUGCUUUUUAGAAUUGGCACAUUUUGCUCACAAAAAUCUGGGUUUUAAUAGGUAUUAUAUUUGUAACUGCCAUUUAUUGUGGUCUUCUUCUGUUAAUGACUUCAGUCAAGGGAUAGCGUCAGUCUUUUAUCUGUAUUGGAUUUCUAUUCGUACUCUUCGUGUAUGCUAUUUUGAAUUGA